AUGUCUCCUCCUUCUCACAGCUCCCCUCAGAUCCUAGCCCCAUGGCGGCUGUGGGAGACUGUGGCGAUCAAGAUCACUAACCUUCCUCUGGAAGCUAAUGCCCAUGCUAUCUGGAAAGCCUUCAAAGAUGAAGGUACCAUCUUCUCAAUUGAUCUUUUUGAAGAUCACCACGGCCAAAGGGAGCCAAAGGGGAAGGUCCGCUUCAAGCCGCCGCCGGAUACGGACUUCUGGAGAGCAGGGACGUACUCUAUCACACUGCCAAACGGACGAACAGCACGUAUCUCUGUAGCUCUUGAAUCACCCAGAUUCUCGGAGCUCGAAGUUCCAAGCCCAGUCCGCCCCACUGUCCGGUAUCCAGUUGAGCUCACGAUACCAAUCUCUUCACUCGAUAUUGGGGUCAUGUUCAACGAAACAACGUUUCUGCCAAUGCGGACGGUUGAAGCUAGUUCGGCUGGCGCCCCCUACAUGCUUCUCAAUCUCAAGCAGAAGACACUGUACAUCUUCUUUAAAUUGCAGAUAUUCAGCUCAGGCCAGAAAUCAGCCUCCAUCACAGACACCUGGCACAGUUAUCGUCUCAAGAUCCCCUUUCGGCAGAUGAACAAAAUCUUUCAGUCUCGGGAUCUUGCAACCGGAGCCAUAUCUCAGUUGACUGCGCUGGACUCUCCGCCCAUGUACCACCGCCGGAUCAGAGAUAUAGAAGCCACGUUCAUCGAAGACGGAAGUUGGAGGGACUCUGAUUGUUGGUACCGACAAACACACAUUGUCCAUAAUCCCCUUCAGUUAUCCGCUCUUCCAGUUACCCUACCAAGGCAUAAGCCCAUUAUUGAUAUUGGCCGCUGGAAUACGUUCAGAAUCGAUUACCCCAGUGAUUGUAACAAAAAGGGGAAGUUUGGUCAGCUUUGUAAUAUCCUCCAGGAUUACAAUGUCUCAAUUGAGCAAUCAGAUCGCUUCACCAACUGGAAUGACAGCAAAAAAAGGAUGCCGCCAGUGUGGAAAUGGAUCGAUCUGUCGGAUGCUGCGGCAUCGCCGAGCGCGUCGUCUUUGCAUGACCUGAUCGACUCCACUUAUGUCCAUUUGCCAUUCUCCGUCCGCUACCAGCUUGAAGUCUGCAUCUCCAAUGGAUUUCUUUCCGAAUUCAACAUGACGCGUGAGUUCGCUGUCAAACUGGCUGGGCUUGGGGAAGCGAAAGCUAAGAAGCUCCUGGAGCAUGUGGCAAACCAAAAACAGCGCUACUUUGAUCCCAUGAAGAUCUUUGACCUGUUGUUCGUGAAAGGCGUGACCAAUGCAAAGAUCCCUCCGUACUGUUGCUAUAUGCGAUCUGCCACAAUCACCCCCAGCACCGUGUACUACAACUUGCCGUCCGUGGAUAUCUCGAACCGGAUCAUUAGACGCUAUAUGGAACACGCGGAUCGCUUCCUCCGAGUUCGGUUCACUGACGAGAAGAUGUUUGGUCGUAUCAAUGCCACGAGUGAUGAUAGCAAUGACGAGAUAUUUACUCGAAUCAAGCGGGCUUUGGCAAAUGGCAUUGUCAUUGGAGACAGACGUUAUGAGUUCCUCGCUUUUGGUAACUCCCAGUUCCGUGAGCAUGGAGCGUAUUUCUUUGCCCCGCUACCGGACCUGACAGCUGCCAACAUGCGAGCUUGGAUGGGACAUUUCAACAAUAUUCGCAACGUUGCGAAGUAUGCAGCACGGUUGGGUCAAUGUUUCUCGACGACUCGAGCCAUAGCCGGUUGUCCGGUGCAGAUACGCAAGAUUGAUGACGUGGAGCGAAACGGAUAUACUUUCUCUGAUGGCGUUGGAAAGAUCUCGCGAUUCCUUGCACAAAUGGCAAUGAACGAACUGAAAAUCAAGACGCCAACUGGCGAUCCCCCAUCUGCUUUCCAAUUUCGUCUGGGAGGCUGCAAGGGUAUGCUUGCCGUUUCAUCCGACACGCAGCCCCAGGAAGUUCACAUUCGCAAGAGUCAGCACAAAUUCUCGGCCAUCCAUAAUGGGUUGGAGAUUAUCAGGUGGUCUCAAUUCUCAAUGGCUACGUUGAACAGACAGCUGAUUCUGGUGUUAUCUACGCUCGGGAUCACUGAUUAUGUGUUUCACGAUAAGCUCAGGACGAUGCUACAGGCCCUCAACGAAGCUAUGGAAAGUGACUCGCGCGCAAUCGAGGUGUUAAAGAAGUACGUCGAUCCUAACCAGACAACUCUCACUGUCAGUCAAAUGGUAUCCGAUGGGUUCCGAAGGUCUAAAGAGCCAUUCAUAACCUCUAUUCUCGCACUGUGGAGGACCUGGCAUCUCAAAUACUUGAAGGAGAAGGCGAAGAUUGUCAUUGAUAAGGGUGCGAACCUACUGGGAAUCAUGGAUGAAACCGGUAUCCUGAAAGGUCACUUUUAUGAUCAGGUUCCGAAGGAAGACGCUCCCGUCGAGCAAAAGAUUGCAGCAUUGCCUGAGAUCUUUCUGCAGAUUUCUCGCCCCGAAGGCUCUGGUGCAAAGUAUCAAGUCAUCGAAGGGCUCUGUAUCCUGGCACGCAAUCCAUCGCUUCACCCCGGAGACAUUCGGGUUGUCAAAGCUGUCAACGUUCCAGAGCUGCGUAACCUCCAUGAUGUAGUCGUCCUGCCACAGACCGGAGAUCGAGAUAUUGCGAGCAUGUGCUCCGGCGGAGACCUUGAUGGUGAUGAUUAUCUGGUCAUCUGGGACCAGGAUCUACUGCACAAUGACUGGUUCCGAGAGCCGAUGCGCUAUACGAGCAACAAGGCUCAGGACUUAGAUCAUGACGUUACAGUGGACGAGGUCACCUCAUUCUUCGUCACGUACAUGAAGAAUGACAGCCUCCCGACAAUCGCCCACGCUCACGUUGCAUGGGCAGAUUGGCUCGAGGAUGGCGUCAACGAAGAAAAGUGCAUUCGACUCGCCCAGCUCCAUUCUGACGCGGUAGACUACAACAAGACAGGGAGCCCGGCCAUGAUGAUCCGCAGCCUGCAGCCACGCAUGUGGCCUCAUUUCAUGGAGAAGCCCAGGCCAAAGGACAAACUCUACCGCUCACCUAAGAUCCUUGGCCAGUUAUACGACGCUGUGGAGAGGGUCGACUUUGUCCCCAGCUUGGAAAUGCCUUUUGACGAGCGAAUCCUCAACAGCAGGCUCGAAGUUAGCGAAGACCUGUACACUUUCGUGAAGAAUCUCAAGGUAGAGCACGAUGCAGCUAUGCGCCGAAUAAUGGCACAACACGAGAUCAAAACCGAAUUCGAAGUUUGGUCUACCUUUGUCCUCGGCCAUUCUCAUCUGAGCAAGGACUACAAAUUUCAUGAAGAAAUUGGUAUGAUCUCAGCGGCGCAUCGCGAAACCUUCAGAAAGCAGUGCUACAAGAAAGUAGGCGGUCGCACCUUCGUCCUGCUAGCACCACUAGCUCUCGCUAUGUACCGAGUUACGCACGAGGAAAUGACUACAGCACUCAAAAAGCAUCGUGAGAAAUCCUCGCAGGAUGGGAACAGCAGGCCCACUCCCAAAAUGAAUCAGCUGCCACUCAUCAGCUUUCCUUGGAUCUUCCCCCAUAUACUGGGUGGAAUUGCACUCCAGCAUUACGAUACCUCUCAAGCAACCAAACUGAAACAAGGGGAAACUGCCUCGGUCGAUGUGGAUGCCCUGAAGACUCAGAAUAGCAAUAAUAUCAUGCCGGAAGACCCCUUCGGUCUGUUCACAGACGAGGAGCGCGCGGCCAGUGCAUCAUCCAACCAGCUAUUGCUACAUACGGGCCCUUCUGCUAAUCACGCCAGCCCAGAGAGUAUCGGGAUUCACGACCAACUCAUUGAUUUUGGCUUUACGGACUCCCCACAGUUAUCGCCUUUUACCCUCACUGCUCCUUCUGUCGUUCCUGGUGAAGUCACAUUGCUAGACCUCAAUGACGACGAAGCAAGCGAUGUAAUUCCCGAGAAGCAGGAACAACCCGUCCCAGAACCAACAGCGAUGCGUAUGGUGAUGAAGGAAGAAGUCAAGGAAGAUGCAUGCGUUCAUAUUGUCGAGGAAGGCGAUGUGGAGCCUUCUGCUCUCGACAGACUUAACGACCUGCUCGGAUUCUGA